AUGGUCACCGAAAAUGAGUCCAGCGCGGCACCUUCUUGCCCCGCCGAGAAUAAUCUAGAGGUCUACACAAAGCUGCUAGAGUGGAUGAAAAUCCAUGGCGGCAACCUCCAUGAAAAUGUCUACAUCAGUCACGAUGACAGCCGUGGAACCCAUAUCAGGGUGAAAAAGGGCGGGGUGUCCAGCAAUACGCAUAUCAUCAAGACACCCGUCGCAACCACCAUAUCUUAUUUCAAUGCAAUAGAUCAUCAUGCUGGAGACGUUCAUUUCCGGGCUUACGACGUCAAGUUUCCUUCUGCAUUCAUGGAUCCUGUAGGUCCUGAAGAAGUAGCAAUCUUCUUUUUGGUUGGUCAGUAUCUACGCGGGACAGGAAGCUUCUGGCAUCCGUAUAUUCGGACACUUCCGCAGCCUGGUUCUUUGACCACCCUUCCAUAUUACGAAGAAGAGGACCUGGAGUGGCUAGAGGGGACGAGCUUGGUGCAGGCGCGGAAGCAAAAGAUUGCUCUUCUGCGGGAGAAGUAUGAGAGUUCGAGCAGUGAGCUUCGCAAGUCUGGAUUCCAAGACGCGGAUAAAUAUUCAUGGGACCUCUAUCUUUGGGCAUCUACAAUCUUUGUCUCCCGUGCAUUCUCAGCAAAGGUGCUAUCCGGGGUCCUUCCUGAACUCGGUAUGCCGGAGGAGAACAUCUCAGUUCUACUUCCCUUCAUCGACAUCUUGAACCACCGACCACUAGCCAAAGUAGAAUGGCGCGCCGGAAACGAGAAUGUCGACUUUGUCGUUCUGGAAGAUGUCAGUGCAGACGAAGAGAUUGCGAACAACUACGGCCCUCGCAACAACGAGCAGCUAAUGAUGAACUAUGGCUUUUGCCUCAGCAACAAUCCAUGCGACUACCGCACUGUCAGUCUUCGCGCGCCUCCAGGCAGCCCAUUACAUUUCGCCCGCGAGCAACAAAAGCAGCUCUUCCCUAACUCCAGCAUCAAUGACACCGAAGACCCCUUCUACGUCUUCAACAUAUUUUACCCCCUCCUAGCCCCAGAGAUUCCGAUGGAGCACUCGGUCUUCUCCCCAGCCCUCUUCAACGCCAUCUCAGUCCUCGCAGCCAAUCAGCGCGAGCUCGAAACACUCGAGAUCUCCGAACACACCAUCCAGAUCGCAAACAGAUACGGGAACUCCCGUGCUGCCCUCUCAGCACUCAGCCAGAUCAUCAUUGAGCUGGUCUCACACAUCGUACGCCUGAAGUCAACAGAACCUGACGAGUCACGCCAGCCUCAGAACCUCAAACAAACCCACGCCAAAAUCUACCGAGAAAGUCAAAUCACUCUCUCUGAAUCAGCCCUGGUUAUUGCCGCCUGGUCUCUGCAGCGUGCACGCACCCACGGCCUCCAAGGCGGGUGGGACGAAACAAAACGCCUCCUAUCCCAGCACAUGUCCCGCAUCCCAGCUGGUAAAUUCCUAGAACACACCCAAUCGCGCAUUCAAGUGCGCAUCCUCGAACGCCCCUCCAUCCUCCUACACAGCGGCGAGCUCUUCUCCUUCCCCGAAACCCUUUCCCUCCUGCAACCCUGCGAGGCAGACGUCCACUCAACAGCGCAAGAGUGCCUCACCACAAUCCUGAAAACCGCCUCCCGCCGCAUCCCCGCCCUCCGAGGCAUCACCGCAAACGCAUCCCCCUUCCGGUUCUCGCUCUUCGCGUGCUUCGUUGUCGCCGUCCAUCUCACAAAUAGACAUAAGCAUAGCGCGGCAUCGUCUCACGAGCGUCAAAGUUUCCUUCCGCCAAGGCUGUCGCGCUGGGCUUCGUUCCUGCUCGACCAUUAUCUCCCGCCACCGGAUGAUGUUGCGUGGGCGCUGGAAGACGAAGAUGAUGAGGGGCUUGUGGGUGAAUUCGAUGAGGUCCUGUCGGAGUUGCGCGAAAGGAACAAAGAGCUGUUUGAGAAGCUAGAGCCGCUUACGGGUGGCUGGCAUGGGGACGCGGAUGCUUGGUGGUUGUCACCGAAUUGGGUGCGGUGGGCGUGGAUGAUGACGGAGCAGGAGACCGUGCAGGUGCCGGAGGAUUCGCUUGCGCUACUUGCUGGUGGUGACGGGGAGGGUGGGAAUGUUAUGCUUGAGACUGAGACGUACUUGUAUAUCCCGCAGGAAUAG